AUGUUUGCCGAUUCUCAGGGCAAAGUCGUCAGUUUAUUCAUGGAUACGCUGCAGUUUUUCAUCAAGGAAUAUAACCCCAUGCUGCGCGAUUGGCUGUACACCCUCCUGAUUCGACUGCUCCAUCGACAGAGCCACGAAGUGCUUGGCAGUCACCAAAAAGCAAUUCAGGAAACCUUGUUCGUUCUCCGAUCUCAUUUUCCCCUGAACAUUCAAUUCGGGACAUGUUGUCGAUUUAUCAUGGAUAACACCCAAGCCCUAAAUUCCAAAGUCAAAGUAUGCCUUUUGGAAUAUCUGAAAGAUCUAAUCCUCAUGAUGAGUCCGGAUGCAAUCGCGUCUCCCACCUCCGAGAUGAACCAUGCCAUUUCACGUAUUAUCAGUUGGUCUACGGAACCCAAUUUUAAGCAUUUCGAAUUACUCAUACUGGUGAUUCUUUCAGUGAUCGAUUGUUCCACCUCAUUUGAUAUCAUCCAGAUGGCAUCCCGCGUCAUAAUCAAAUUGUACGACUUGAACGCGUCCAGUUUUUCGGGCAUUUUGCAAAGUCUUCCCCGUUCCAGUCAGGACCGAGCCUCUGAAAUUCUCAAGACCUACCAGAAAACCACUACUGGUGGCGGUCGGAUGGACAGCAAUCUAUCCAGUUCAUCAUGGAAACCACCAUCGAUUGAUCAGACAGAUCGGAUGAUGAGUCCUACUGAUUUCGGUCAAGCUGCUUACCCUCUGGACGAUGAUAAUAAUCUGAGUCCGGAGGCGGUAAACAAUUUGAUUCGCCAGACCUCGGAAGGAAUUCAGUCAUUAACUUGUGGCAUUUCUAGCGGCAUUCCGACCCCUCAGCGUCGUGUGUCUGAGAGUGCUGUGAUGCACUCACCAGCGACUUAUUCGCCCCGGAUUGACUCGCAGCUAUCGCAACCGGUCGGUCGAACGGAAUCCCCCGCAGCAGUACUUCGCACGAUGCAACCAAGCAAUAUUAUCAGUUCGCCUGGAAGCAUUCAGUCUCCACUGUUGGAGCCUUCACCCGUGACCAAUUCGCACGAGCAACGCAAGAGCUGUAUGCUCAAGCUGAUCAAAUUGUUACGUGACGGUGUGAUUCAAGACUGGGACGAGUACUUCAAGCCGACAUUACUCAUCCUAUUGGAGACUCUGGGAGAUGAUGGGGCAAGUUCCUUGUUGUUUUUGUUGUUGGCACUGAUAGCGACACAUGCCAUUUUCGCAGUUUGGUUUACUUUCUCGCCACAAUGGACUGUUUUUACUGAAACGCGCGCUUUGGCUCUGAAAGUGUUGCAAGAAUUGGUCCGAACCAAGCACGAAUUGUUCCACGAAUUCGCUUGUCUUUUUGUGAUCAAAGUGUUAGAAGCUUGUCGAGAUGGAGAGAAAACGGUCAAUCGAGCCGCAGAAGAGUGCUCAAAAACAGUCGCUCAAUGUCUUCCACCGGAUCUGUGCCUGAGCGUACUUACCCCAUUGAUCAAUGAUUGGUCUUUACAAAUCAAUUUGCCUGCAGUGAAAAUGCAAGAACAAGUGGUGCGCAAUGCGCCCGUGGAAUUGAUUAGUCAAGUGGUUGACACAAUCAUUCCGGGUCUGAUUGUGAAACGUCUACUUAAAUUGUAUAUCGAUCGGGAACAAGCCAGCAACGCGACUUCUCAUGAAUCACUCGGUGCUCGAAGUUGA